AUGAUAUCUGCAUCGACGACCGAUACCUUCACCCAAGUGAUCAUUAUCGGAGCAGGUAUGUCAGGUCUGGCCAUGGCCUGUCAGCUCAAAAAGCAACUUUGCUGCGAGGACUUUGUCAUAUACGACCGAGCUCCUAACUUUGGAGGAACAUGGUACUUUAACAAGUAUCCAGGUUGCGGAGUCGACAUCCCUGCGGCGUUCUAUAGCUUUUCCUUCGCUCUAUACCCCCAAUUCACCUGCUUCUUCCCGAAGCAAGAAGAGAUAUUGCAAUAUAUCCACGGCGUUGCAGACGAGUUCAGCGUGGCUCUGAAACUGGUUGGUCAUACAGAGUGGGAGGGGGCAGACUGGCAGGAUUCUGAACAGUGCUGGGAAGUGAGACUGAGGGAGAUCCCGAGUGGUCGGAAGUUCACUCGUCGUUGUCGAAUUCUUAUCUCGGCUGUGGGGGGAUUGACGAAUCCCAAGCAUGUCAUGCUGCAAGGAAUAAAAAGAUUCCAAGGGAAUAUAGUGCAUACAGCACGGUGGGAUCAGGGGACUUCCGUUGCAGGGAAAAACGUCAUCGUCAUUGGAAAUGGAGCGUCAGCCACCCAGUUGAUCCCAGCCAUUGCCGAGGAUGCCGCCUCUAUCACUCAGUUUAUUCGGACCCCACAUCACUAUAUGCCCGGCAAAAACUUCCGGAUCAACGGACUCUGGAGUACUAUCUUUCAAAGCAUACCGGUAUGCUUCUGGCUGUUUCGGGCAUUCAUCUUUCUUUAUCUAGAGACCUCUAUUCUCCUCGGGGAACUCACAUGGCUGGGGGAAUUGAUGAGGAGAUGGGAGACUUAUAGAUCCCGACAGCAUGUGAGGAAGUGUGCGCCAGAGCAGUAUUGGUCUCUUCUCACCCCAGAAUACUCUAUCGGGUGCAAGCGCCGUGUGUUUGAUAAUGACGGUUACCUGAAAUGUCUACACCGACCCAAUGUCGACAUCACAAAUGAUCCAGUUGUGGCAGUGGAGGAGCAGUCUAUAAUAACGCAAACUGGGAAGAGGUUUCCGGCAGAUUUGAUUGUGUUUGCGACGGGGUUCGCUCUCUCGCAGUACGACAUCGACCUGCGAGGUCGUAACGGGCGUACGCGACAAGAACAUUGGAAUCGAUUCGGCUGUAUACAAGCAUUUGAGACGGUGGCCAUGGCGGAAUUUCCGAACUUCUUCUACAUUCUCGGACCCAACUCUGGCAGGGGCCAUACAUCAACUGUCUAUUCAAUUGAAAUUUCAGUUGUGAUAAAACAAGCAAGUGAAGAACGGUUUAACGCGAAGUUGAAGUCUGCACUUAGGAAGACCGUCUUCACAAAUAUGUGCAGAAGUUGGUACAUAGACCCACGAACAGACCAGAAUUGGUUUACUUACCCAUGGAAUUCCUUCAGAAUGUGGUACACGACUCAGUAUGGUGGGAUGGAAGAUUGGACAUACACGAAAGCAGUUGCCAGCCUCGACAAUCAGUCUCGUCCGUGUUCUAACCGUUGUGGAAGAGAAGCCCUUCCUAUCCUGAUUAUAAUCCUCUCCGUUCUCUUUGGUUGCAUAUUUGUGACGGAACAUGGAAUGCUUCUAUCUUCAUGUACCUAA